AUGAAAAUCAAAACAGAAGACGAGAUUUUGGAUGAAGCUAGAAAGUUAAAGAGCCAGAUCGUUCUUCGCAAAAAUGAUUUAUAUCGUAGAGAUGCAGACUUUAAUUUCAUUGCAUUCCCUUCGAUGAUGAAUACAAUGACUGUAAUGAACGGUGCUAGAAACUUUGUAAUGACAGAACAUCCUUUCUUUCAGCCAUUUUAUAUAUUACCAAUUCUUUAUGGGUAUCAGUAUUGCUGCUAUUUCCAAAAUGACCUUGAAAACAACAUUUAUUCUACAACAGCGCUUUUCUUUACUGAUGUUAGAAGAUUUGAUCAAAUUUUAACUAAUUUUCAUGUUCCUGAGCGCUUUUCCCAUCCAAUUAAGUUAACUUCACUUUCUCUCAUUCAAGCUUACUACUAUUUCCACAUUUCAAAAGCCCAAACUACAAGUAACUUCGAAAAAAUUCUAAAAUAUGCAUUGAUUGUUGGCAAUAAUUUCAUUUGUGAUGCAAUUAACGAAAAAGUAGCUAGUAAUCAUUCAAUAUAUAUUCAUAUCCCAGUUAAAAUUCUUACAUCCGCUUUAUUUGGCUCAAUUAAUUUUAUACUAGCUUCUAAAUCAUUCCCAGCAAUUAAGCAGAGUAUCCGUACAUAUAUAGGAAAAAUGCUCUUCUUUAAAGACAAAAUUGAAGAAUUUCCAGAAAAUCUCGACGUUCCUGAAGAAUUACAAUGCACAAUAUGCCGAUCAUUACUCAAUGAUCCAAUGAUACUAGGAUGCAACUUCUAUUGCAAAGAUUGCAUCAAUCAUUGGUUAAAUGAAAACGAAGUUGACCCUGCUGAUGGUUUACCAGCGACAAAACGCAGUUUAUAUCCUUCUCCUGAAAUGAAACACUUUUGUUGCCAAUAUUACAAACUUAAAAUUGCAAAUACAAACCAAUAA